AUGAGUGAUUAUUCUUCUAUGGCUACGCUUCAAAACAAUAGCCAAACGGCAGGAUUUGCGGCUGCGGUACAACGUGCUAGAUUGGUUGCGGCGAAACUAGAAGGAGGUGGUAGCAAGAGGCCCUUGGAAGAAGGUCCCGAACCGAAUGCGAAGAAAGUUGCGUCUGUGGAAGUACCUUAUCAACAACCACAGCAAAUGAGUGCACCAAGUGCAGCCCCGGCGGUAAGCCGAGCAGCCCCAGCGGCCGCGGCCGCUCCCCCGCCGCCUCCCAGCGCGGCUGGCAACCUUAUGCCCGACCAAACCCUCAACGAAUACAUCCGAGUACCAGACAAGAUGGUUGGACUCAUAAUUGGGCGCGGCGGUGAGCAGAUCACACGCCUACAGGCAGAGUCAGGAUGCAAGAUACAGAUGGCGCCAGACUCUGGCGGCCAGCCCGACAGGCUUUGCACCCUCACUGGAUCACGCGAGGCAAUACAGAGGGCCAAGGAAUUGGUGAACCAAAUCGUAAACCACCGUGGACGUGAGAACGCUCCCCAGCACCCUGAGAGCCAGGGAGGCGGCGGUGGCAUGCCGCCCAUGCAGCGAGGAGCCGGCGGCGGUGGCGGCGGCGGCGGCGGCGCCAUGACGGGCAACGUACCGAUCGGACGAGCGGAUUGGGUGCAAAAUUGUGACGACGAAAUUAUGCUGCCCGGUCCCAAAGUGGGUCUCAUUAUUGGCAAGAAUGGCAAAACCAUCAAACAACUGCAGGAACAGUCAGGAGCAAAAAUGGUAGUCAUUCAAGAUGGACCUAACACAGAAUAUGAGAAGCCACUGCGUAUAUCGGGCGACCCGGCUAAGGUGGAGCACGCGAAGCAGCUUGUGUACGAGCUGCUCGCCGACAAGGACAUGCAGCAGGGAGGCGGCGGACCACGACCGCCGCAGUACGACGACCAGUACCAGGGACAUGAUCAAGGAAAUGGACUCGCUACCAACUCCACUGAGGUACUUGUACCAAAAAUAGCUGUGGGUAUCGUGAUUGGUCGCGGCGGAGACAUGAUUAAAAAGAUCCAAGCUGAGACUGGGUGCAGGGUGCAAUUCCAUCAGGAGAGAGAUGACGGCCCAGGAGAUAAAAGAUGUUAUCUGCAAGGCAAGCCGCACCAAGUGGACCAGGCGAGGCAAAUGAUUGAAGAUCUCAUUUCUAGUGUUAACCGUCGUGAGCAAGAAGUACGCAGUGGGCGCGGCCGCGGGGGCUCGGGACAGAGGAAUGGAGACCGAGCCGGCGGGGACUAUGCGCAGUGGCAGGACGGACAGGAGAUACGGGUCACAUUCACCGUCUCCAACGUCAAGUGCGGACUCAUUAUUGGCAGAGGUGGCGAAGUAAUCAAACAGAUUAACGCGGCGUCUGGCGCACACUGCGAGUUGGACCGUCGCGCGCAGGGCUCCGACAGAAACAACAGGACCUUCUACAUCAGGGGACAUCCCGAGGCAGUCGAGCACUGCAAGAGGAUCAUUAUGGAAAAAGUUGGCAUGCCGGUGAACUUCAUAAACGAGGGCAACGGUGGCAAUGGCAACAGUGGUAAUGGUAACGGCAAUGGGAAUGGCGGCAAUGGCGGCGAAUACUACGGCGGCGGCGCGGCCGGGCCGCCGGCCUGGGGGUACAACCCGCACUGGCACCAACCACAACAACAACAGACUCCACAGCAACAGGUUCAGAUCAACCCUGCGACUGGUCAGCCGGACUACUCCCAGCAGUGGAUCGACUACUACCGCUCACUGGGACUCGUGCACGAGGCUGAGGCCAUCGAACAACAGGCCAAGCAACAGAAGCAGGGAGGCGGCAUGGAUGGUAGUGGAGGUGGUGGCACCCCUCCCGCAUCAAGCGCGAGCGGCAGCGUAGCGGCGGCAGGCCCGGGCGCCGCCCCCGCAGCCCCCGCCGCCGGGGCGCAGCCCGACUACAGCGCGCAGUGGGCCGAAUACUACCGCAGCAUCGGAAAGCUCAAGGAGGCCGAGGCCAUAGAGGCACAAAUCAAACUUAAGUCGAGUGGUGGCGGUAGUAGCGCGGGCUCUGCGGGCAGCAGUGCGGGCGGCGGCGCGGGCGGCGGUGCGGGCGGGGGCGCGGCCGGCCAGUACGCGCAGUACGGGGUGUACGCGCCGCAGGUGUACCCCGCGUACCAGCCCUACCCCUACGCCGCGCAGCCCGCGCCCGACCAUCAUCAAUAG